AACGAUCCGCUGAGCUUUGAACUUUGACUUGCCCUGUUUGCAGACCUUGCCUGGCACAGUCCUGCUGAGCUGGUGGCAGUGGUGGCAGGGGAACUGCCCAGUGAAUUAGAAUGGAAGGCUGCUUUCUGGGGCUCCGGGGUCUUUUCUUUGUCCUCUUAUUUCAUCAGACUGAGCAGUCAGUAUUCCUUUCGGCUUCAAAAGCAAAUGAAGUUAUGGUAAGAUGGAAGCGUGCUGGUUCCUAUCUUUUGGAAGAGAUGUUUGAGGGAAAUUUGGAAAAGGAAUGUUAUGAGGAAAUCUGUGUUUAUGAAGAAGCAAGAGAAGUAUUUGAAAACGACAUAUUAACUAAUAAAUUUUGGAAAUGGUAUAUGGGUGGCAACCAGUGCAUCUCCCAGCCAUGCUUGAACAACGGGUCAUGCCAUGACAACAUCCGCAGCUACACCUGCAACUGUUCCUAUGGCUAUGAGGGAAGGAACUGUGCAUUCGCUAAAAAUGAAUGUCACCCAGAGAGAACAGAUGGCUGUCAACACUUCUGCCAUCCAGGACAGGACUCCUUUAUGUGCAGUUGUGCUAAGGGGUAUAAACUUGGUGAGGAUCACAAAUCGUGCAUUCCAAAUGAGAAGUGUGCAUGUGGAAUCCUGAGUUCUGAUUGCAUCAUAAUACUAAGGGAAAGCAAACAGAGUCUUCAGAAUUUUCCAUGGCAGGUAAAAUUAACAAAUUCUGAAGAAGAAGACUUCUGUGGUGGUGUUAUAAUUAAGGAAAAUUUUGUACUGACAACAGCAAAAUGUUCACUAAUACACAGAAAUAUUAGUGUGAAAACAAACUUUAACAGACCGAGUAAUGACCCACUGACAAUCAAGAUAAAGAAAAUUUAUGUGCACAUGAGGUACAAUGAAGAAACUGGGGAAAAUAAUAUUUCGCUGUUGGAGCUGGAAGAGCCCAUUCAGUGCCUCAGCACUGGGCUCCCCAUCUGCAUGCCUGAAAAGGACUUUGCAGAACACAUUCUGAUUCCAGGGAAGGUGGGCCUUGUCAGUGGCUGGACAGUCAAUGGGACUGAAUUAGGCAACACACUAAUAGAGUUGCCAGUUACACAUUUUGAUGGUGAGGAAUGUGGAAAAGUACUUAAUGUGACGGUCACAACGAGGAUGUACUGUGAGAAGAGCACAUCGGUGGCUGGACAGUGGUUGGAGGGAAGCACUGUUGCAAGAGAACACAGAGGCACUUGGUUUUUAACAGGGAUUAUGCACUCAUCACCAACAGGAGAGUAUGGGCAAGUAUUUCUUUUCACAAAGAUUUCAAGAUACUCACUCUGGUUUACACAAAUAAUGAAAUAAUUACAACUCAGCAAAUCAGAAAGAAUAAAAUAUAUAGUGAAAUUCCAAAUUGUAACUGCAACCACGGGGAUAAACUGAAAUUAUUACAACAAAAUAUCUGUAAAGCUAUUACAGCUUCAGAAAAGCCUGGUCAGCAUACAAACUAUGAGUUAUUGCUUGCUAGAUCAUUACUAAAUGCUGUGAUAGUUCUUUCUUUAGAACUUUGCAUCUGAACAGGGACUUUAAAGGAGGAAUGGAUAUAUUAAAUAAUAAAAUAUGUCCGUAAUAAAACUG